UUUAAUUAUAACAUUUAUUCAAAUGCCACCUCGAAAAAAUACAAAAAAAACAAAUGGAGUAGAGCCAGAAAAUGUUCCUGCUACAGACGAACCUGCGCCGGGGAAGCGAACUCUACGCACAAAGAGUGCCGUUAACUAUAAAGAAGAAAAAGUUAGUAAUACGGAAGAGGGCGUAAGCGGUAGUAAAAAGAAUAAAGAUGGGCAAUUGAAAAAGACUAAAACUACUAAAUCGAAAGAGGAAGAUAGUGAACCAAUUGAGAAAAGUGCCGCCAAAACAAAAGCUAAAUCUAAAGCAACUAAAGAAAAAGGUGAUGAGCCACCUAAAAAAUCUACAUCCAAAGGAAAACCCGCAGAAAAGGAGACUAACAAAAAAUCGACAAAAGAAAAAGAACCUGAUGAAGAUGCUAGUAAAAAGAAAGCCUCUAAACGAAAAGAGAAAGUUACAGAAGAUACAACAUCAAAAAAAUCCAAAAGAGAUGCCUCUCCCAUAAGCGUGAAUUCAAAAAGUGACGAAAAAGAUGUGGUAAAAAAAACAUCCAGGAAGAAACGAAGUAUUUCUCCAGGACGUGCAAAAAGUCCAAAACCCACAAUAUCAAAUGAAUCGAAAAGAGAUGCCUCUCCUAUUAGCGUGAAUUUAAAAAGUGACGAAAAAGAGGUGGUAAAAAAAACAUCCAGGAAGAAACGAAGUAUCUCUCCAGGACGUGCAAAAAGUCCAAAACCCACAAUAUCAAAUGAAAGUAAAAGAGAUGCAUCUCCUAUAAGUAUAAGUUCAAAAAGUGAGGAAACAGAGAAAAAAGAGGUGGCCAAGAAAACAUCCAAGAAAAAACUGAAAGAAUCUAAAAGGGAUGCUUCUCCUAUAAGUAUUAGUUCAGAAAGUGAGGAAAAAGCGACAGUGACAAAAACAAUUAGAAAAAAACGAAGUGUCUCUCCAGACAGUACAAAAGGUUUUAAAACUGAUGCGAAAAAGUUAAAAAAUACAACGGAUACUGAUUGGGAGAGUAUCGAUUAUUCGUGUAGCCGGUUAAGUGAAGAAGAUAAAGAGGCAAAUUUUAAAAUAGCAAGUUGGAAUGUGGAUGGAAUUAGAGCAUGGUAUAAUAAAGGUUGUUUUAAAUACAUUGAACAUGAAAAACCUGAUAUAUUCUGUAUACAAGAAACAAAAAGUUCUUAUGACAAACUACCGGAUGAUAUUAAAUCAUUUAAAGGUUAUCAUCAAUAUUGGAGUUCUGCUUCAAAAGAAGGCUAUUCUGGAGUUGGUUUAUUCUCCAAAAAAAUGCCACUAAAUGUAAUAAAUGGUAUUGAGGACGAAGAACAUGAUGCUGAGGGUCGUAUUAUAACCGCAGAAUUUGAAUAUUUCUUCGUAAUAAGUGUGUACGUACCGAAUUCUGGGCGUGGAUUAGUUACAUUACCAAAACGGUUGGAUUGGAAUAAAAAAUUUUUAAAUUUUUGUAAUAAUUUAAAAAAGAAAAAACCAGUAAUCGUUUGUGGAGAUAUGAAUGUCGCUCAUUUAGAAAUAGAUUUAAAAAAUCCUAAAACCAAUAAGAAAAACGCAGGGUUUACCCAAGAAGAAAGGGAUGGUAUGACUGAAUUCUUAGCAAAUGGUUAUGUGGAUACUUUCAGAAAGUUAUAUCCAACAAGGAAAGAUGCGUACACUUUUUGGACGUAUAUGUUAAACAGUAGAGCGAAAAAUACUGGAUGGCGUCUUGAUUACUUUUUAAUUUCGGAAAAAUUAGAGCCAAAAUUAUGUGACAAUGUAAUACGAUCGUCCAUAUAUGGAAGUGAUCAUUGUCCGAUUGUGUUGUAUAUGAACUUUUAAACUUUCAUUUAUUAUUCAUGCUUUUAUUAAUUAUUGUUUUAUUGGUUUUACUAACUAAAAUGUACGUUUAUUAAUA